AUGAACUUUGACAGAUUCAACCCACUAUCGAGUAAUUUUAUUUACAAACAGACAGUCACAAAAGAGCCACAACAAGAUGCAAAACUUAAUUCUAAUUCAGACAUGAGUGAUUGGGGGAUUGAUGAGGACCUUGCCACUCCAACAUCUGCAGAAGGUACCGCAACAUUCUCGAAUUACAUGUCUCCCACCGGAUCAUCGUCUGCUACUGUUCACACAAAUCCCAUACAAGCGCCACCAACAUUAUCAAAUCGACAGCUGAGCUAUAGCAAUCACAGUUCGACUACGUUUAUGCACGACGAGACAUUUGUUCCACCGCUUCCUACAUUUUCUCAGCACCAGAGCCUCCAUCAUCUACAACUGCCACAAUCACAUUCACAACCGCAUCUGCCAUUUAAAAGAAGGGGUUCGAUAAAUCUGAAUUCGUCGCUGCAGUUUAAUCCACAUCCCAGUCUACAUCAAUCGUUGAGCCACCACCAACUACAUCGAUCACAUUCGAAUGCUAGUCAGUUGAACUUGCUACAGUAUUGUCAGCACUCGGGAAAUGUUCUCUACCCAAACACAGAAACCUUGUCCAAAUUUGUCCAGAAAUAUUUAUCAAUGGAGCAUCUACUGGCUGGAUUCUGGGAAAAGUUUAAGUACAAUCUCAUUAUAUCAAACUUACUCGAGGAUUCAAUGAUCCUUUCCAAAAAUGAGUCGAGCUUGCAACUACUAAAUUCCAACCAAACUUCCAAUUCAACGAAACAUUUGAAAUUUUCCAUCAAUGAUGAUGGUACACGAUUAACUAUCUUGAACACAUCUUAUAACCUCAAAUACAACUAUCGCUACAACAACUUUUCAGCGAUAUUACUUGUUAUAAAUUUGAUUAUCUAUUUACUAAAGCAACAACAGUUUGCUUACUUUGGCCAGCUACAUAUGAAUCAAGAGUCUCAAUUUUCCAUGUUGAAAUUCAUUAUUGUUGCUUCAUCCAAAUUAAUCAAAGUUCGGAAAUUUAAAACAAUUACUGAAACGACCAAAAUACUAGACUUGUUGAAGGAUUUUUUGAGGUUGAAUUAUAUUGCCAAUAAGAAUUUGAUACUCAGCAUGGUCAAACUAAAAGGCAAGGAAUUGGAUCAACAACAAGGAAGUGCAAAUGCCACUCAUUUAUUAAAUUCUUUGUCGUUUUUGAACUUGUCAUUGAAAAGUGUGGUUGUAAAACUCCUUCCACAUAUGAAUGGCGAUCUAUUUCAGCAACAUUCUAAUGUAAACAAUAUCAAUGUGAGCAUACUAACACAAAAUUAUGACCACGAAGGAGACCAGGAUGAUGAUCUUGCGGAGGUUAUUUUCAGUAUCAAUAAAUUCAAUCAACUAAGGAAAUUGUUUAUUUGUCAACUAAUAACCUUGAACGAAAGCGCACAAAGCAAUUUCUUUCUUUUGAAUCUUAUGGAUCAAUUCGAAAUUGAAGAAACAGUAAGUGACUUGUCAACCUUUGAAAAAUUUCAGCUUGUACAUGAUGUGCUAUCUGAUCACAACGAGUCAAUAAAAACCAUCAAUAAAAUGUUCUUUAAGCGCGAGGUUGUUUCGCAGCUGGAUAAUUUGCAAACUAAACCUACAGAUGAGGACAUUACCACUAAUCUACACCUGAGUUUGUUUCAAUUCACAUCGAGAGUCCACAAGUUUGCAAACAAUUUGAGCUAUUUUAACAAGUAUAACCAAUCGCUUAGUCGAGAGAAUAUAGACGAGCAAUAUGAAAAAUUGGCCAUUUUCCAACAAUUUAACGACGAAUUGAAUCAACUCAAGUUACUUCACAAGCAAACUUUGCAAGAGCUCAACCAAGAAGUGAAUCCCGAUUAUGCCAUUGUAAACUCGCCCAGAUCAACAGUAUCAUCAUCGCCUCAACUAAAGCAAAUUUCGUCCUUCAAUCUCAAGUCAUUUAAUAAUUCAUCAAUAAAGAAGCGGUUUUCAUUACCAUCAAGUGUGUCAACCUCGGACCUGACUACAGCUAACGGCAAUUGUGAUGGAGUAUUGACGGCAUCACCCACAUUGACAACAACAAAGUCGUUACCCGAGAGCAAUGAGAGGCCCUUGACAAAACCCAAAAAGUAUAAGCGGUUAUCUACGGGGCUACAGUUGGGACUUCUAACUGUGUUUGAAGAGAAUGGGGAUCGUCCUUUGCUGAAGGUGUCUUCCAAUGACAAUCGAAACUCCACUUCCUCAUUCACCUCACAACCAACAGCAACCAUUCCUGCAACAGUACCUGCAACCGCCUCUCCGCGGUUGCUCCCCCCUGCAAAAGUCUCCUAUGAUGACAACUACAUAAAUAUUCUCCCAGAACAUCAAUUUGAAAGUUACAACAAAUCUACAUUAGAUCAAUUGAUAUCUAGCAAAGUCAAGAAUCGAAAUUCAUUGCAGAAUCGAAACUCGAUCAAUAUGAGCAGCCGGUUUUCAUUAAACUCGGUCCAGAGUAACGUUUCUGGGAUAUCUGAUUUGAUUUCAACGCAGUUGACGAGCUUCAAUGGUGGAGAAGGAGAAGAAGAAGAAGAAGAAGAAGAAGAAGAAGAAGAAGAAGAAGAAGAAGAAAAUCAUUGUAACCAUGCUGAUAGAACUAAUUCUGAAUCAAAUUUGGAACUAGCCAAUACUCAAGUGGGGCAAGUACAGCAAUCACAACCGAGGGAAUUGAAUGAUGAUUCAUUAGUGACUGAGAAUUUCGAUCCUGGUCAAUUGACUCAGGAGGAAUUGAAAAUGAAGCUCGAGGCUAGUUUUGCCAAAAUUCACAGUUUGGAAGCUGAAAAUAAGAAAUUGAGCAAUGAAAAGAAUAGCAGUGGUGGUGGUGGUCGUCGUAAAAAAGCCAAGGACGGUGUCGUUCUUCAUGAUAUUACUAAUGAGCAGCUACAACAACUCGUUGAAAGUCAACCUGGUGUUCCCGAUACUGCAUUCCUCAAAAGUUUGGAAUCGAAAUUGAGUAUGAAAUGA